CCAUAGAAUACGAAGUGACCACGACUGACUGUCAUCCGCAGAAUCAGCGGCUAUUCCAUUAGCUACUGCCGGCAAAGCAACAUUUGCAAUUCCAGGUAUCAGACAACGUUAAGAGCCAUGGCGAUUCUGGCGUUCCCUUUAGUGAUAUCGGUUCUCAGACCGCAGCCCUCUCAGCUAUCCUUCUUCCACUCUAACCGCUUCCAUUGCCACCUCGACGCCGCUCUCCGCCGCCGAUUCUCCGGAACUUCCGUCUCUGCGGUUAGUACCUCCGCCGCUCCUCAGCACUCCUCUAAGGAUUCUAAUUCCGAGCCCCAGAAUCCCUCAGUUCUCACUUUCCAGCAAGCAAUUCAACGUCUCCAGGAGUAUUGGGCAUCAGUUGGAUGUGCCAUAAUGCAAUGUAGCAACACUGAGGUUGGUGCUGGGACAAUGAAUCCUUUGACAUACCUAAGGGUUCUUGGUCCUGAACCGUGGAAUGUUGCGUAUGUGGAGCCUAGUAUUCGGCCAGAUGACAGUCGUUAUGGUGAAAACCCAAAUAGGCUCCAAAGACACACUCAAUUUCAGGUUAUAUUAAAACCUGAUCCAGGAAAUUCCCAAGACCUUUUCAUCGGCAGCCUAUCAGCGAUAGGUAUUGAUGUUCGUGCACAUGAUAUUAGGUUUGUAGAAGACAACUGGGAGAGCCCGGUGCUUGGUGCUUGGGGUCUGGGCUGGGAAAUUUGGAUGGACGGAAUGGAGAUUACGCAGUUUACCUACUUCCAGCAGGCUGGAAGUGUUCAAUUGUCGCCAAUAUCUGUUGAAAUAACUUAUGGUCUGGAGCGUAUUCUCAUGUUACUACAGGGAGUUGACCAUUUUAAGAAAAUUCAAUAUGCUGAUGGAAUUACUUAUGGGGAGCUGUUCAUGGAAAACGAGAAAGAAAUGAGCGCUUAUUAUCUAGAGCAUGCCAGUGUGGAUCAUCUUAAAAAGCACUUUGAUUUUUUUGAGGAAGAAUCUCGCUCCUUGCUUGCUUCUGGUCUAGCUAUCCCUGCGUAUGAUCAGCUUCUAAAAACAUCACAUACAUUUAACAUCUUGGACUCAAGAGGCUUUGUUGGAGUGACAGAGCGUGCUCGAUAUUUCGGUCGGAUGCGUAGUUUAGCUCGUCAAUGCGCACAGCUUUGGUUGAAAACGAGGGAGUCCCUUGGAUAUCCAUUAGGCCUUGUUUCUGAACCUGUUAAUCUUGUAUGUCCUAAAGAGCUUGUUGAGGCAGCUGCCAAAAGGGUCCGUGAUGAUUCAAGAUUAUUUGUUCUUGAAAUUGGGACAGAAGAGAUACCCCCUCAAGAUGUUGUUGACGCAAGCCAGCAACUGAAAGAUUCGGUGCUGCAGUUAUUGGAUAAGCAAAGAUUGAGCCAUGGAGAAGUACAAGCUUUUGGAACACCUCGUAGACUGGUGGUUUUUGUUGAGAACCUUUGCUCUAGACAAGCGGAGAAUGAUGUUGAGUUUCGCGGACCUCCUGCUUCGAAAGCAUUUGAUGAUGAAGGAAAUCCUACAAAGGCCGCUGAGGGUUUUUCUCGUAGGUAUUCUGUACCACUGAACUCGCUAUAUAAAAAGAUUGAUGGAAAAACAGAAUAUGUUUACGCUCAAGUAAAGGAGUCUUCUCGACCAGCCUUGGAGGUUUUGUCCGAGGAUUUGUCCAAUACCAUUGCUAAAAUAUCAUUCCCAAAGUCAAUGCGGUGGAACUCUCAGGUUAUGUUUAGCAGACCCAUUCGUUGGAUAUUGGCCCUUUAUGGAGAUGUAGUCGUGCCAUUUACUUUUGCUGGAAUUUUAAGUGGGAACAAGUCCUAUGGCAUUCGAAACACUCAUUCAGCGACAUUUAUGGUAGAAACUGCAGAGUCUUAUGCUGGUCAGACGAGGAAUGCUGGCAUUAAUAUUGAAAUCGAGGAACGGAAGAAAAGAAUUUUGGAGCAGUCCAACGCACUAGCGAAAAGUGUUCAGGGAAAUGUUGUUAUUCAGGAGGGACUACUUAAUGAGGUUGCAAAUCUGGUUGAGGCCCCUGUUCCUGUUCUUGGAAAGUUUAAAGAAUCCUUCUUAGAGCUUCCAAAUGAUCUUCUGACUAUGGUCAUGCAGAAACAUCAAAAGUAUUUUGCCUUGACUGAUGAAAAUGGAACGCUGCUGCCAUACUUCAUUGCUGUGGCAAACGGAGUAAUUGAUGAGAAGGUGGUCAAAAAAGGAAAUGAAGCUGUACUAAGAGCACGCUAUGAGGAUGCAAAGUUUUUCUAUGGGUUGGAUACGCGGAAAAGAUUUUCAGAAUUCCGAAGCCAACUCAAAGGGAUCCUUUUUCAUGAGAAGCUGGGAACUAUGCUGGACAAGAUGAUGCGCGUGGAAAGUAUGGUUAGCAAACUGAGUGCAGCCCUAAAAAUCGAAGAGAAUACGCAUCAAAUUGUCCAAGAUGCAGCAUCACUUGCUAUGUCAGAUCUCGCUACUGCAGUUGUUACAGAAUUUACAUCCCUUUCUGGAAUUAUGGGUCGUCAUUAUGCUCUUAGAGAUGGCUAUUCAGAGCAGAUAGCCGAGGCUGUAUUUGAGAUCACUCUUCCUAGAUACUCGGGAGAUAUACUUCCGGAAACUGAUGCCGGGAUAGUUUUGUCCAUUGCAGACAGAUUAGAUAGCCUUGCUGGCUUAUUUGCUGCUGGUUGUCAGCCUACUUCUACUAAUGACCCAUUUGGCCUGCGAAGAAUCUCAUAUGGUCUUGUCCAAGUGUUGGUGGAGAAAAAUAAAGAUCUGGACUUGAAACAAGCUUUGCAGCUUACCGCUGAUAUCCAGCCGCUAAAAGUAGAUGGAAGUACUGUAGAUAAUGUACAUCAAUUUGUCGUUCGGAGACUAGAGCAGUUUUUGGUUGAUAAGGGAAUAAGUUCUGAAGUGGUUCGUUCUGUCCUCAUAGAGCGUGCCAACAAGCCUUCUCUAGCAGCUAAGUCUGCAUAUAAGAUGGAUGCCUUGUCAAAAGGCGUGCUUUUCCCCAAGGUAAUAGAAGCAUAUUGUCGUCCAACCAGAAUUGUUCGUGGAAAGGAUGUAGACCCUGAUAUUGAGGUGGAUGAGGCUCUCUUUGACACAGAAGAAGAGAGAGCCUUGUGGAGUUCUUUCUUGUCAGUGAAGAGCAAGAUAUAUUUAGAUAUUGAGGUUGAUGAGUUCUUUGAUGCAUCGACGCAGCUGCUAAAGCCACUUGAGGAUUUCUUUGAUUCCGUAUUUGUCAUGGUGGAUGAUGAAAGAAUUCGGAAGAACAGGCUUGCGCUGCUUAAAAAAAUUGCUGACCUCCCAAGGGGGAUAGCUGACCUUUCAGUUUUACCUGGAUUUUAGAUUUUAUUACCAAUCAAUUCAUGUAAAGACACGAUAAAAAUUGUCCCACACCUUUUUUCAUUUUUUCAUUUUUUUUUUUAGUUUUUCUUUUUCUCUUUACCUUCGGGGAAAGGAGAACGUGGGAGAGAGGAGAUAGGAGAAACAAUUUAGAACGGCAUUCUUUUGCUGGAUUGUACAUGUAACAUUUAUUUCUUGAGACAAUCUGUUAUUUUUCGUCAGUGAAAAAAUGAUUAACCCUAUCAAUUUUUUGAA